GCGUACGAGAAAAAAUGAUUCCUGAUACACCCCAAAAUUAUGUUAGUCUUUACACAAAAUGUUGGUCAGAAGAACCCGAACAACGCCCAAUACUGAAAGAAAUUAAAAAUAAAUUAAACAUUCUCUCAGUAGAAACUAUUGUAUUUAUUUCAAAUGACUUAUCCUCCAAUGAAAUAAUUGACGAAGAAU